UAUUACUUGAAGAUCAUUCGAAACUAAACCAUGAUAGAUACAUGUUGACCUUGUAGGGGCCCUGAAGGGAGAGACCUUUUCAGUGUUUGGAUUAUUUAAUGACAGGGUGAUGACAUGGAUGAUGAUGACAAGGUCGUAAUGACAUGUAUGAUGUAUAGUACAUGUAGUGCAGAGUAGGCUUACUCGGUCAAGGAUACGAUCAAGUCGUUUAGAGAGUACAUUAAGGCAACUUGACGGGAAAAAACUGUAAGUAUAUAAAAUGGUCCGUUGGCGGUGUCCAGGGUAUCCAGAAUGCCCCAAGAUCUUCCUCUACGCAGGCGCCAUGAAGGCACAUCUCCAGGCAUGUCCUCAUGCCAAAAAACGACGCGUCAAUACCGAAAAGGGGGACUAUGAAACCAUGCUGACUAUCAUACAAUUUGUUGAGGACCAACAGAAAGGGAAUGUGACUUGCUCUAGGAGAUUUGUUCCUUCGUUCCGCACGGAUUCAAACUACUGAAGGACUCUUAAAGGAGGAGGUCUUGAAAGUUACCUAUUGCUGCUUCAAGGUACUGUUGUCCCACACACUUCCUCUGAAGAGGGGACAAGUGGUAGCAUGAAUGAAUCAAAACUGGUCUUUAUUAAUUCUUGGUGGAAUCAGAGUCUUUAUUGAAAGAAUCUGGUGGAAUCAUAUACAAUCUUAAGCCAUUAAAGGGGUCUGUGCUUUCUCUCUCACAGUUUCUUCCACCUGUCUUCUUAGUUGUACGUAUCACACACCACAGAACAUCAAAAUUGCCCCGAAAGCAAGUACUCAGUCCAGGUGGCCGAUUGUCAGGGUUGUGACCAACAGACAGGCUCGUGGUUGCCUUAUGAAACUUUACACACAUCGGGCCUGUCUUGGACAAAUUUCAAUUUCAACCAACCAUUUCUAGGAGCAGUGCAGUAUAAAAGGUUUAAGUGUUCAAAGGUGCUGCCAUCUGAGCAAAGAAAGUGGAACUAGGCACUUGGCUGAAACAAAAAAUGUCUUGACUUUCUUCAACUUUUCGCACACGUUAGGAUGAAAUUGAAACAUGAAGUUAAAAUGAAUAUAUGUAUAAUUUAUAGCUCAAACCAAUAGGUUUUCGCUAUCAGUAAUAAAUCGAUUAAUUUACAAAUGUAUCACGAUAAAUAAAUGAGGUCAGCAGUUUAGGCCUGCAUAAUUAUCAUACAUUGCGAGAUAUUUUAUCAGUGCAUUGUGGCCUAAUUAAUGUCAAAUGAUCUGUAUACAGGUAUACACUAACCAUGUCAUUGAUCAAAUGGGAAAAGACAAUGUCACAUGCAUGAGCUUGAUGUUUAUCAGACCAACGGAAGACGGCUUAUACCAAGGAGGCCACUGAGUCCGUUCUAAAAUUCUUGGAUAUACAUGUACAUGCCACUGGAUAUGAAAAUCAUCAUCGUGACCAUGCACAGAAGGCUUUUUCGGACCUGAUGCAGUUUACAUGUACAGCGUCUAAUAUCCACAGACCUUUGGUGAUGUGGUAGUUACAUUAUUUUCACUUGGCAAUGUGUAAUUGUUUCGUAAACUGACAUCCAUACGAGAAAAAUGAAUAUUCACGAGUCCGUCCGCCAACUUGUGAGCCAAGUUCGUCGCGGUAGUGGUGACAACCGGAGUAGAAGUGACCCGAGGCGUGGCAGCGGAGACAAAUCACGGCACAACAGCGUGGAUACCUCCCCGCACCGUCAUGGAGGCAGCGGUGAUAGCCAGACGCGUACACGUCUUGGCAGUUCCUCCACGCUGCCGCGCCGCUCACUGGAAAACAUCAUCAGUCUUGGUUCACGGUCCAAUAGUCGCGAGCGGUUGAUUUCAAAUUCCGAUACUCCGCCCAGUCCGUUGUCGCCGCUGAUCAGAAACAUUGCAAUGUUCGGUGCACCUCCUGGAUCACCAACGUUACCUCGUACCGCAGCCACAAGCACAGUCCCUCAUCAGGGACUCUCCUCGAAGAAUAACGAGUGGACAGAGGUACAGACGGCCCUGGUAACUCUUUUCCAGAGAAAGAAGUUGCCGGACAACCAGCUGUCUUUUCUACUAAUUACACUGAGGUUAUUUUGCAGGAAGAUGGUGAAAUCUGAAGUUGGCGGUUUUAUCUACGACUUCUACAAGAACCAGUUGAUGAAGAAAGGGAUGCAGAUUUUGCGGAAUAGUCUUCAGAGCGAAGGUGAGGAACUUCUGCAGGAACUCGGUGACCUCUGGGACUGUUUCUUCCGCGAGACCCUACCGACUUUACAGAUGCUUCUCUUCCCCAUCGAGACCAUGGAACUGCCCAUCAGAAACCUAACAUUGAUAGGCUUUCGUGAUAAUGUGGUGCUCAAGAAAGACUUGGAAGAGAUUUUGAUAGAAGUCAACUCUUCCGUUCCUCCGUCCAUUCGGCAAAUGUUACUGGUGCUACAGGGUAUCCACGAUGACGACCCACCCAACGAGAAUUACCUGAAAUUAGAGCGCCUUGUUGGCUGCGUGAUAACGCCACAUAUUGGCUACAAAGGCGUCUACAUGGAAUGCCAACCUGAACCGACCAUCAAGGCGUAUACACAAGCUUAUCGGAAAAAGUCUUCUGGGAGUAAGGAGGCUAUUGUCAUUGCUCCAAAUCCAAGCCAACUAAAUCCAAUGUAUCAACGAUCACAGAGCGUUGAUUUCCUAAGCCAGUCUCCGCUGCAGGCAUCAGGUCCGCAGAGGACGAGGCGGAAUAUGCACAUCCGACAGGCGAGUACUCCUGCGGGGAUCAUCUUGGAGCCUCUGGUCGAGCGAGUGGAAGCAGGCCAGGAUCACUAUCACCGACGCCAUAGUAUUGCUUGCGAAGUCGACGUUUUUGAUAAUGACAAUGAGAAUCAGUACUAAAUCAAACAUUCGAAUUGAGUACCAAGUCAAACAUCAUCGAAAAGUCGUACAAGUGUCUUCCUCCCCUCCCACAUGGUGUUGGCCUGAAGUUCAGUACGCUUCCCCCUCACAUCACAUGUAUAGGUAAAUGGUCAAAGUUUCCCGAUGGAGCCCACCUCCGGGCCGUAUUUCUGAGAUCCGAAGGAACAGGGAUACGGAUAAUCUUUUGUGUCAUGUAUAAUGUUCUAUACACUUAAUUGGUAUGUUUUAUUUAAUUAUUUAUUAUGCAUAUCACAUGUUAAUGAUUACAGACAUGUUAAUUCUUUAUCACAACUUUACUUAUAGGUAAACCACUCUUAUUGCUUAGAAACGGGACUUUUUCAUAUCGUCAGAAAUAUAUUUACCAAAAAAACAAAGAAUA